AGCAACCAGCAUUUGUAACUUUUUGUUUAUUUCUUCUUCUAGCCACGCGCGACUGUUUUCGAGCCUCAAACCAAAACACAAGAGUCCACCAUGAACCUCCGAGAAGAACAUCCUCCCAGGUCCAGGCUGCCGGUGGUCCCCCCCCUCUCCUCCCGGACCCUGCAGCACCCCUCCCUCCUGCCUCUGUACCUGGCCGCUGGGUUUGCUCGACUUCACGGAGGCUGGGACAACCACACAGUCCACGCCAUCACCCCCGAGGAGUUCUACUACACUGACCCCACCGUGAGCUGUGGGAGGAGGAUCCCCAACAUGGUGACUGAUUUCGGGUUUUACGAUUGUUUCCAGCUCAACACUCCACCUCCUUUGAUGUCAUCCUUCGUGACCCCAUCGUACAGCCCAGACCCAUUCAGAACCGGGCCUCACCCCACUAGAGAACUGGGCAGCCCGGAUUGGAACAUGAACCCCACCCAUUUACCAGUGAAAACAAGCCGGGCCAUUCUCCAGCUCACCCCCGAGGAGGACCAGGCCGUCACUAACCUCCUGAAACUGCGCUACCCGGAGUUUGGGUCAGAUGAUGAGACCCCCACUAAGGAAGUGUACCAGCCCUCCUUUGGGGACGGGAAACAUCCAAGUCAGGAUGAUUUCGGGAAUAAGCUGCAGGAGGGAAUAUAUUGGUCGGAAGCAGAGCUUGAAGUGGCUGACACCCUUCUGCAUUUCUAUAGCUGCGCGAAGGAUUACAGAAUCAGGGCUCAGUGACACCUCCUGAUCCUCCGCCACACCAGGAUAUGGAUUUGACGUUAAGCACCGAAACCUAACAAGGAUUCGAGCGUUUAACUGCAUUAAGAGCCACUCAUUCUUAUCAAAAUGUCACGUGUUUUCUAUGUUUCACUUUGUAAUCCAUCAGUGUUCAAUAAAAAUAAAAAAAG